CCAUUUUUUGUAUUGGCGACGUAUACGCUCCUUAGCAAGCCGUGCAAGCUCGACGAGAUGGCAAAAGAAAGACUUCUUACACUUUGCGCGCGUAAGUUUCUGGGGGUAUUGAAAUGGAGAUAAAUAUUUGCGGCCGACCAUCUUCAACUCGAGUUUGGGAUUCAAAUUCAUCAGCCUCUCUUCUUUCCGUUUUAUUCAUCACAACAAAGUUUUAACAAUGGCACGCACAACCGCAGCAGCAGCGGCCGCUCUGGGCCUAAAGAUGGUCGAUGAGUCGGCCACAGAGACCAAGACCCCAGCUCAAGAGGAGACAAAUGGUACAACAACCACAAACGGCAAAGAGUCAAAUGGCGAAACCGCCGAGAAAGACAAGACGUCAACAGAAACAAACGGCGAAGAGAAGAAGGAGGACGAAGAGGAGAAGCCCAAGAAGCCACUCGCUCCCUUCGGCUCAAUCGCCUCUACAAAGAACAUCUACAAGUCCGCCAAAGACAGCGAUGGCAACUGGACAUGGGUAGACAAGUACCCCGAAGACGUCCAGGAAGCCACCGAGAAUGAGGAGACGGAGCAGUACGCCGUCGUAGUGCGCAACAUCAAGAGCAACGAUAGCCGGAAGAAGCUCGAGGCCGACUCCAUCGUCAUCCAGAGCCCCUGGCUGAAGAAGGCCUUGGGCGAAAUCCUGGAUGGUUACACCGGUGUUGCCUGCGAGCUGGAGCGUCUCGAGUUCGACGCCCCCUUCCGCCCCUUCGUGCACCGCUGGACGGAAUUCCGCAAGUACCUGGGCAAGAAGGACCUUGAUGCAAACACAAAAGAGCAUCUCACUAUCCUGCACGACAUCCUUCAGUACGAGACUGGUAAUACCAUCAAGGCCUUUGAGGAUUACGUUGCAAAGGGCGUCAUCAAAUUUGAGCAUCUGUGGAUGAUCUUCCAGCCUGGUGCCCUCGUCCUCUCGGCUCAUAAAGGCCCUCUUUCGGCGUUUGAGCUCGAGGAGACCGAGUACAUGCAGAACAACUGCGGCAAGUUCCUCCAGCUACGCGCCGACUGUGUCGACUAUGGCGGCAAGGAGUUAGGUCGCUACGGCGAGCGCAUUAACAUCUCCGAGUUCCUCGGUACUAAGAAGAUCACCGGCCUCAACGCCUACCCCUGGGCCUUCCACGCCCAAAGGGAAAAGCUGCGCACCUCCCUCAUCCAGCGCGGCAAAAUCUUUGAGGAGCUGGCCGGGCACAACUACAAGCAGUACUCGGGCACCGCCAUCACCUGGGAUAGCGAAGGCAACGAGGUGCCCAUCCAGGUCGAGGGCCGCAUCGUCGUCGACAUCAACUCGUUCAACCGCUUCAGCCCCCACCGCAACCGCUACGUCGACGACUGGAACGCCAAGGACAUGGAGGCGCUUUCGGUGUGGAAGCGCCAACACGGCCUGGGCAAGGAUGGAAAUCUCAAGCUGACUCCAUACCACCAGAUGCUGGCGCGGUCUCGGACGCGUGGCUACUCCCUCAAGCUGAAGAAGUGGCUCGAUUUCUUCGUCGAGCAGGUCACGGAGAUCACCUGGAACACAAACGCCUUUGACAAGCUCGUCCUACCCGAGGACCAGAAAGAGCUGAUCCUCGCCUUCUCCGAGUCGCAGCUCGACGGGUCUACUUUUGACGAUGUCAUCUCCGGCAAGGGCAAGGGCAUCAUCUACCUACUGUCGGGUCCUCCUGGUGUCGGCAAGACCCUGACGGCUGAAGCCGUCGCUGAGAACCUCCGUGUUCCCUUGCACACCCUCAGCUCGGGCGACCUGGGCUCGCAGCCGUGGGAGGUCGAGCACGGCCUGUCACGCAUCCUGGAACUCGUGGCGCGGUGGAACGCGAUCUUGCUCCUGGACGAGUGCGACGUUUUUCUCGAGGCGCGCUCGACGCACGACCUCGAGCGUAACAAGAUCGUCUCCAUCUUCCUACGGACGCUCGAGUACUACGAGGGUAUCCUCUUCAUGACGACGAACCGUGUUGACAACAUCGACCUGGCGUUCCAGUCGCGCAUCCACGUCUCGCUUGAGUACCCCGACCUCGCUCCGGAGUCGCGCCGCCAGAUCUGGCGCAACUUUUUGCAGGGAGCAACGCUCAAAAGCGAGGUCUCUGACGAGGAUAUCGCUGAGCUGUCUGAGUUGAAGCUCAAUGAUCGACAGAUUAAGAACAUUCUCAAGACUGCGCAAUUGCUGGCUGCUAGGAAGAAGAGUCCUUUGCAGCGUAGUUUCAUUGACAUUGUUCUCAACAUUGAGAAGCGGCGUCCUGGAGGCCAGGGUUUGUAAGGGAUCUGACCUAGCCAGGGCGCGUUAUUGGCAUGAUUACACGGUUUCGAUGAGUGAGAAAGGCCGGGUAGGAGUUUAGGUUGAUUCACGAUACAAUGAAUGAUAUUUUAUGACCACUA